AGGUCCAGGUCUGCGCAUGCGCGAAUCACAUGUUGCUGUGUGUUGUUAUUGUAGAGUAAGUGAAGGGCAGAGAGCGGCACAGGAGAGCUGGAUCUGCUUCAGACUGGAUGGCAGGAUGACAUGCUCAGAUAACACGACUACACCGGCGUCCCUGAUUAAAACUAACUGUCGCCGCUCGCGUGCGAUAAAGCCGUCGACGUCGCUUUGGGUAACAUUGUAGCAGCGGACGCGCGCGCAGCGAUGAACGCGCAUCUGUGGGCUCAGCUUCAGGCGGGCAGCUCGGAGGUGGACUGGUGUGAAGGGAAUUAUCUCAUCUAUCCCGGAAUCGCGGAAUUCUAUAACACCAUAAGCAACGUGCUGUUCUUCGUGCUGCCUCCGAUCCUCAUGUGUCUGUUCCGUCAGUACGCCACGCACUUCAACAGUGGCAUCUAUCUGAUCUGGACUCUGCUGGUGGUGGUUGGGAUCGGCUCUACUUACUUCCAUGCGACGCUGAGCUUCCUAGGGCAGAUGCUGGAUGAGCUGGCCAUACUGUGGGUGCUCAUGUGUGCCAUCGGCAUGUGGUUUCCCAAGAGAUACCUGCCCAAGAUAUUCCGCAGAGACAGAUCGAGGUUUCAAAUGGUCAUCGGGGUCCUCUCAGGGAUCACCACCUGUUUGGCCUUCAUCAAGCCAGCGAUAAACUCCAUCUCUCUCAUGGCGCUGGGAAUCCCAUGCACCGCUCUUCUCAUCACAGAGCUAAAGAGGUGUGAUAACCUGCGUGUGUUUAAGCUGGGUCUUCUCUCGGGUCUGUGGUGGACUCUGGCGCUCGUGUGCUGGAUCAGUGAUCGCAUUUUCUGUGAAAUGUGGUCUUCUGUCAACUUCCCAUAUCUACACUGUGCCUGGCAUAUCCUCAUCUGCCUGGCGUCUUAUCUGGGAUGUGUGUGUUUUGCGUAUUUCGACGUGGCAUCAGAGGCUCCGGAGCAGGGCCCCGUCCUCAGAUUCUGGCCCAGCGAGAAAUGGGCUUUCAUCGGGGUGCCAUACGUCACUCUUCUGUGUGUGCACAGGAAGCCCUCUAUUAAGGUGACUUAAACUGUGCUUCCUGAGGUAUCCGACUACUCUUCAGUGCACUUUGUAAUGGACUUUCACACGAAGGAGAAUCCUGGUUUUCAGGUGGAUUUGUUUGGGGAAGGAUGAAGGUCAAUCAAGGUAUUCAUGCGAGUAUUUAGUAUCUUAACUGCACAAAAUCAGCUCUCGGUUUACUUCGGGGGGAAACAAUGUGUGAUCAGGAUUUGAUGUUGCGCUGCAGGUCAAAAGUUUGGAAUAUUUACCUUUUUUUUAUGUUUUUGAAAGUAGUCUCUUCUGCUCACCAAGGCUGCAUUUAUUUUUGAUCAGAAAUACUGUGAAAUAUUAUUACAAUUUAAAAUAAUAUUUUUCUAUGUGAAUGUAUUUUAAAAUGUAACUUAUUCCUGAAACACACAGCUGAAUUUUAGCAUCAUUUAUGAAGUCUUCAGUGUUUGUUUACACUUUUUGAAACCGAUAAGUAAAAAAAAGAAAAAAGGAAAUUAAUAGUUUUAUUCAGCAAGGAUGCAUUAAAUUCAUCAAAAAUGACAUUUGUAAUGUUACAAAAGAUUUCUAUUUCAAAUAAAUGCUGUUCUUGUGAACCUUCUAUUAAUCAAAGAAUCCCCCAAAAAAGUGUUUUAUAGUUUCCUCGUAAAUAUUAAGUCGCCAAAAUGUUUUCAACGUUGUUGAUAAUAUGAACUAUUAUUAAUAAUUGAGCACCAAUAAUUACUGGAGGAAUGAUGAUUAAAAUUCAGCUUUGAUGACAGGCAUAGAUUGCAUUUUACAAUAUAUUAAAGUAGAAAAUUUCUAUUAACUCUUUCCCUGCCAUUGACAAGAUUAUACGCCUUUUCGUGUUUUCACUGUUAUACACUUGGGGGCGCUGUUACACAUCUUCUGAACGAGUACAAAACCUCCCGAACAAAAACACACAUGAACAGGAGGAAGAAACGAGCGAUCUCUUACGUAAACAGAUGAAUAUGAUAAAUAAUCCAAUGAUCAGCAAUAAACAGCAUAUAAAUUAAAACUGCAUAAUGUUACAGAGUAAAAUGUUGAUCCAUGAAGUGUUAUAUAUCUAUGCAAAUUUUGAUGGAAGCGAUUUAAAUGUAGAGGCUUUGAUCUUUAUUUUUUAGUAUAUUGCAUAUUCCAAUAUUCAUACAGCAAAAUAAACAAAUUUGAGUGACAAUCGUCAAAAUCGCUGACGGUGGCUGGCACCUUUUUUCAAAUGUGCUGGCAGGGAAAGAGUUAAUAUUUACUGUAUUUCUAUUCAAGCAUAAGAGACUUGGUGAGCAUAAGAAAUGUAUUUCAAAAACAUAAAAAAAUGGGUGUUUUUAAAUAAGUACUGAAUAUAAAACUAAACUGGGAAGUGGGCUUCAAAAAGCACCAGGAAUUGAGCCUGAAAUGAAAUAUGAGGAUAGUAAUGCUUAUUUGUGUGUUAAUAUUGUGAGAAAUGUUAACACAUAGCAUGUUAUUUCACAGUAGUACUACUCGUUAGUUGUCUUUUUUGACAGCAAUUAAUAUAUUUAGA